AAUACUGAUAAGUGAUAGUAACAAAGUGACUAGUAAAUGUUAAAUUUUAAUAUACUCAUUAUACUCAAUUAGUUUAUGUUUUUACUAUUAAAUAUUUUCCAAAAUGUCUUUCCCGACGAAAACCUUUUUUAGAUCAUUUUCUACAAGCACUAUACGUUACGGAAAGAGGAAUUUCAAAAACUUCAUACUGUACAAUCGAGGAACAAAUCAGUUCAGAAAACAACAAGAAGAAAACCCUAAUAAAGAUUUUCAAAUGACAAAUUAUGGAAUACGAGACACCACUGUCAGAGUUGGCCGAAAAGUUAUAACUGUCCGAGAAAAAAUUCCAGAUAUUAUUGUUCCGGAUUUAGAUAAUUUCAAUUUAAAGCCAUACGUGUCAUACAGAGUUCCUGAAAUUACUCAAUCCGAAUUUACAGCAAAAGAUUUAUUCAACGCUGUUUAUCGCAAAAAGAUUGUUGACGAUUUUAAAAACAACAAGCUGAAAGAAAAUUUUGAACCCAUAGAACCCAGUGAAGAAGAAUCAUUAACACCUGAAAAAGCUAAGAUAAAAGCGAGGCAAACAGGCAGCGAUAUGUUCUCACAAGGCAGAUAAAUUAAAACGCUUCGUUUAUCGGUAGAUUUUUGUAUACAUAUUGUUUUAUUUUUAUUAAAAAUUUAGUUGUAAUAUGGUUUUUACAAUAUAUAUGAUGAUUAAUUGUUAAA